AUGUACUGUUUAAAGUUUCUCGUGUCUGUGGCGUUUUUGAUACUCAUCUCUCAAAAGGAAAAUGAAGUAUCAGCAGCGCCUUGUAAAUGGAUGUGGGAUCACAUCACUCAUACACAUCACACGACCACGCCCCCUACAUCCACAACAUCCACUACAACCAUGACGACUGCCAAACCUGACCUUAUCGAGGACUUCGCGAGACUGAAGAAGAAAAAAGUAAAACAGUGGGAUGAGCUGUUGUGGGGCCCGCAAAGUGAGAAUUCGUCAUCCCGGGCUAGGAACCCAGUGAAAAGAAUUAUUUCUAGUUACGUCAAAUUAUUAGCUAAGUUAUUCAGUAUGUUAAGUGCAUAA